AUGCCCCGCGUACGGUUUGUGCUAGAACAAGAAGGUUCCGAGAUGAACCACAUGCCUACUGUAGCCGAGCUCAACUCCAGCGCCGUUAUCCUCCGUCAACGCUUGAUUACCGACGUCCGUCACAUUCUUCAAUCCCAAGACCACACGAAUCUUGUGCAAUCCGUAGUUGAUCGUGGCACCUCCCCAAUAAAUUUUGACACUCAUCGCCAGCACCGUGGAACCAGUCCAUUGACAGUUAACCAUGUGGUCGGGUUGUUGGAAACCAUCCAACAUAAUGUUCCUGAGGAGCGCCCUUAUACCACGCUGACUUUGAGAGAAUCGAGAAAGCGACCACGACAACAGCAGGAGAAUGGGGAGGGCUCCUCGAGCUCAAAUGUUGCUCCUCGGCCACAACAUGAGAUCGAUGACGAGAGGAAUAAUCUCUUGAAUAACGAUGUUUUCAUAAAAAUUGAGAUCCCCGAUGAGUACUUGAUGGCAAAAGGUCGUAUAGAACACUUCAAGAUGGAACUCAGUUCUAAUUUCGGCGCGGUAAAGCGCCUAAGUGAAUUGCUCUUUGAAUACAAAAAGGACUAUGACCAGAUGCCAAUACCCGCUCUUAAUGUCAAGGUGGAUGAUCACAUUGACAACUUGGAACGUGAAUGGGAACGAGAACUUCGGGAAGCUAAUCAGGCCAAACACGAUCUUGACGUAACGAAUUUCAACCGAUUGAGAGAAGUCGAAUUGGAAUAUCAUGUGGUAGAUUUGAUGCAUCGGUAUGGCAAGCCGAGAUCCGAAAUACCGCUCCCAACUGAUUAUUCACACAUGGAUGUCCAUUUCGCAGAUCUGGAGAGAAGAUUGAGAGCGUCUGCGGAACGUGAAAUUCGCCGAAACGAUGAGAUGGCCAUGGCUCAGAGAGCAGAACGGACACGCAGAAAUGUACAAACUCUUGUUGAAUUCGAAGUCGCCUUAGCGCCUUCGAUGUCUGCAAGAAAAGUACGUAGACUCAGAAGACAAAUGCUUCGUGAUGCCACAGCGCCUCGGCCAUCAACAUCGACUAUGAAUAGGGAGUAG